AGCGGUACAGACGCCGUCGGUGCUGAACUGCUGCUGGCGGUGGCGCUCCGGCGGCCGAGAUCGAUUGAGGCGGGCAAAGCAGCCUUUGCACUUCUGCAGAUGGAGGAGCGUAAACCCUAACCCACUCGGAAGGUAUCCCUCUCGGCUGUCGCCUGAGGUCUGAUCAAGAACCGUCAACCACCACGCACACCACAUGUUCGACGAAACGUUCACGAGGACGACUGGUGGGUUGGACCAGCCGACAAGGGCACGGAGUCAGUCAGCCGGCGCCCGCCGCGAGGUGCUUGCCGAUCCGUCCUGGAGGCAGCUGCACCUGUAGGGCAUGCAGCCCUGCUGUGUGUCUCGGUGCCGACAGAUCAAUGUAGGGUUCGUAACCCUCUGACAUUUUGUCUACUUUAAUCUCUCCAUUUUUGGUUCCCAUUUGAUCUGUAUUUCUGCCCAUCUCGUGAGAUGCAUUGCCGACAAGAAAAGGCACAGCUGAUACAGUGCUGAGGCCGGCUGCAGGAACUGAGCACAUGAAGAUGCUCCCCUUAACUUUAUCUCUAUUUUGCACGUUGAAUGAUGGCACAGGGACGAUAAGGAAUUAUCGUUUAGGUGCUGACCACCAGUUGAGUAUAAGGACAGCAUUGUUGGUGCAUUAGCUGUUGCUUUUCUCGCAACCUGCCCCAGUUGUAACCUCCCCUGCAGUUCCCUACUUCACUGGUCUAGAGGUGCAGAUAUUACUAUACACCACCACCACAUCUUACCAGAAAUAAAGGGAUGUGAGGGUGGGUUUCUAGUGAUUUAAUUUAUCCAGCAAAACCUGGUUGGUUCUGUUAAUUCAUCCCGAAAGUCUGCUCUGAAAAGACCGUCCUAAAAUGUGUAGUUUACUAGCUUAGCCCAGUUAGGUGGUGUCUGUAGAAAUAAAGGUGAUGCAUUGCUCGGAAAAUUCUGAAGAAGCUUAGCAAGCUCAUCUCAUUUCCAAAUUAGGAGAAACUUUCAACUAUGUGUAGUAAUCACCCACUUGCUAGUACUCUGCAUUACCCUAAAGUUAAGCCUUUGAUUAACAAAUUGUCAAAAAGCUCCCCUCCUUUGUUAAAUAAAGGUGAGGACAGGGAAUGUCUUGGGAGUGCCAAACACUCUCUCACAUCACCAAUAAUGCACCAUAAAAAAUUCAAACAAUCAAUUUAGCCUCCCCCUAUCAACACAGAUGCCUUGUACAUUUGCAUCAGGAGAGUGACGUGGAUGGAGAAAAUUAUAAUAGCUUGUUGCUGUUGCCAUCUCAGUUUGCUCGGCUGAUUAUCAGUGAUAUAUCUACCUGCCUUUCUGCCAAAGUAAAGAAGUACUCAGAACACUGGCCAUUGCUCGAUGCAUUGAAUUAGACCACAACUUGAUGAAGAACAAAAUUAUGCAUGAUUCAACUUUCUGAAGGUUAGUAACUGAAAAUUCAUAGGAAAUAUUUGCCAGUUCAUCUCUGUUUUUGUUAUCUCGUACAAUCCUAAGAUGUUCUGCCAGGUAUAUUAAUAUAUGUUUUAGUCUUCUAAGCAAAUAAUAGGAACAAAGAUCUGAUUAUCUGAGUAUAAGGAAAUCAAAUAGAACUUGGAGAUGACGCUAUACUCAGAUAGAAACAAUGUCGCUAUAUUUCCUUAGAAGACCUCGAUGCGAAAAUGUGGAGCUGCCGUCUGCUGCGUGCUGAACGGCAUCUUGGAGAUCUUUGGUGUUCCUUGCUGUCUUUGGUAAUGUAAACUGAUACAAAAAUGUAAACCUUGACUAUCUGGCCGUUCAAGGGCCACUAAAUUAAUGAAAAUGAAUCAGGUUGGGGAUCCACUCCCCCUCCGUUGGCCCUUCAAAAAAAAAAAACACAGGAUGGGUGGCUAAUGGAUGUCUUGAGAUAACUGCAAUCUGCAUUCUACCAUGCACUCAAAUAGAGGUCCAUCAACAAAACCAAAAACAAGAAGGGAGGCGUCCAAGCAACAUGAAGCUGUUCCACGCAAGUGGGAGUUUCUCCUUGUCCCCAAAUGUGAAGUGAUAUUGUUUGCCAGUAGACUCGGCCUCACUCCCCUCUUUGGACCAGCACUGCUGUGUUCCUGUUUCCCCUUCUUCAAGCUGUGCUGUGCAGAAGUCAGCUCCAUGCUAUGGCAUGAAAUUCAAGAUCUGAUCUAUACAGCCAGGUUUUGCAUCUGGGGGCAGCAAACUAGAGGCGGCAACUGCAUAACUUGCGAUAAACUUGUUGGACCAUAGUUGUGCUGAUGAUUUCACUACUAGAAAACGAGCCAUAGGAACCGGUUGGAAAUGGCCUUAGGCACCGGUUUUCCAACCGGUUCCCGCCAACCGAGACCAAUGGCCUCGCCUUAGGACACCGGGUAUUUAACCCGGUGCCUUAGAGACCCAUUGGUACCGGUUGGAAAGUCCAACCGGUACCAAAGA